AUGGCGUCAGUCGUACCACUCAAGGAGAAGAAGCUCAUGGAUGUGAAACUAGGAGAGCUGCCCAGCUGGAUACUGAUGCGGGAUUUCACCCCUAAGGGCAUUGCUGGAGCAUUUCGAAGAGGGCCUGGGGUAGGAGCAGGAAAGCCAGACAUGGACCUCGCAAGAUUGGCCCGGCUUUUCUCCGGACUCCGCCCUGUGGGACUGUCCAUCCUCCAGCACCUCGGCCCUCUCGGAGCCAAAUGGGCAGGAGGCAGGGAGGGGCCUGCAUGGCUGAGGGCUGUGGGGCUGACUCGAGCCUGCAGCAGCUCCCCCUCACAGCUGCCCCUUGGCCAAGGGAACCAGAAGAACAUGAGCAGCCUCAGCUCUGACCUGAGCCAGAGUGGCCCCACGGCCGCUCAGGAGGAAGAGGAGGAGAGCUUUGGGACCCUCUCCAACAAGUACUCCUCGAGGAGAAUGUUCCGAAAAUCGACAGCCCAGUUACAUAACCUACGGCUCAGGGAACAGAGUGCUGAAGAUGAGGAAAGGGGGCUGGAGCCAGAGAUACGGCGGGGCCGGAAAAACACGCCUUACUGGUACUUCUUUCAAUGCAAACACCUGAUCAAAGAAGGGAAGCUGGCCGAGGCCCUGGACCUGUUUGAGCAGCAGAUGCUGAAGGAGGAGCGACUCCAGCCCCUCGAGUGCAACUACACGGUGCUGAUUGGGGGCUGCGGGCGGGCCGGAUACCUGAAGAAGGCCUUCCGCCUCUACAACGAUAUGAAGAAACGGGACCUGGAGCCCUCAGAUGCCACAUAUACAGCCCUGUUCAACGUCUGCGCCGAGUCGCCCUGGAAGGACUCUGCACUGCAGAGUGCCCUGAAGCUCCGGCAGCAGCUCCAGGCCCGAAACUUCCAGCUCAACUUGAAAACGUACCAUGCACUGCUGAAGAUGGCUGCCAUGUGUGCAGACCUCAGGAUGUGCCUCGAUGUGUUCAAGGAAAUCGUCCAGAAAGGGCAUGCAGUCACAGAGGAGACCUUCAGUUACCUGCUCAUGGGCUGCAUCCAGGACAAGAAGACAGGUUUCCGAUACGCCCUGCAGGUGUGGAGGCAGAUGCUGAGUCUGGGGCUCCAGCCGAGCCAGCAUGGCUACAACCUACUCCUGGGGGCAGCUCGAGACUGCGGCUUGGGGGACCCAGAGGUAGCCUCAGCACUGCUCCUGAGGCCCAGGGAGGAGACGGUCAUGCUCCAGCCUCUGGCACGUGGGUUUCGGGCAAAGAGGAGAGCCCGGGCCUGGCUGGGUGACGGCAUGUCAGUCAGGCUGCAUGUGGAGGCCCUGGAGAGACAGCUGUUUCUGGAACCUUCUCAGGUGCUUGAGGGCCUUCCAGAGCCUUGCGAAGCCAGAGCCCCCAGCAAGGCCCAGCCUGAGGUGGAAACUAAGAAGGAGCCCGAACGCAUGGUGGCCCUCACUUCCUUGGCCCCAGAACCUUCUUGCUGGGGGCUGGAGGCCAACCUCCUGACCUUGGGAGCAGUUCCCCCAGCUGUGGUCUCCUUUGGGACUGUGACCACCCCAGCUGACAGGCUGGCCUUGAUGGGGGGCCUGGAGGGCUUCUUGGGCAAGAUGGCAGAACAUGGGCUCCGGCCCAACAUCAAAACCCUCACGCUGUUGGCUGAGGUGGUGGAGCCCGGGAGUCCCGCAGAGUCCUCACUGCUGACCGUCCUGGACACGUACCAGGUGGAAGCUGAUGUGACGUUCUUCAACACACUGAUGAGGAAGAAGAGCAAGCUUGGCGAUCUGGAGGGGGCGAAGGCGCUGCUGCCACUCCUGGCAGAGAGGGGCCUUACCCCCAACCUGCAGACCUUCUGCAGCCUGGCCACCGGGUGCCACAGGCCAACAGAUGGUCUGCAGCUGCUUGCGGACAUGAAGAAAUCCCACAUGACCCCCAACACCCACGUCUACAGCACCCUCAUCAACGCGGCCGUCAAGAAGCUGGACUACACCUAUCUCAUUGACAUCCUGAAGCACAUGAGGUGCAGCAGCGUCCCGGUGAAUGAGGUGGUCAUCCGCCAGCUGGAGUUCGCAGCCCAGUACCCGCCCUCCUUUGAUCGGUACAAAGAGAAAAACACCUACUUGGAGAAGAUUGAUGGCUUCCGAGCUUAUUACAAGCAGUGGCUGAAAGUGAUGCCAGCAGAGGAAACCCCCCACCCGUGGCAGAAGUUCCGGACCAAGCACCAGGGGGACCGAGACCCCAUCAUGGAGGCGGAUGUGGACGGAGGCCUCAGAGGCAGGUGAUGGGAGGCGCUGGGGGCCGCGAGCAGAGCUGGGACAAAGGGCA